UAAAAUACUUAUGUUUUUAUAUUUUCUCCACAAAAACGCAAAUACUGCCAUUACUUUAAUAGAGCUCUUGGGUCGUCGGGUUGGAAACGCCGGAUGGAAGACUCCACAGCGUCAGUUGUAACUUUAAAAGAAUUGUUUUUUUUAAUCUUAAAUGAUGAUAACAAUGUAAGUGUCGACGUCUUUGUUUAAAGUUUCUAAUGGUACGACUGUUUAAAGGUUUUAAGUGUGUUUAGUAGCGUUCAAGUGACACUCGAGUAUGCUUACAAAGUUUGGGUGGCAGCUAGCCAAAACAUCCACUAGCGGCUAGCUCAAAGGCGCUCACUCCUCCUCCGUGUUGUUUACAUGCUAAAUAAAUCAUCGUUAGUGUAUUGUGGUUCCUCUUUAAGGUGAUCAGAAGUGGCUGGAGGUGACCACGAUGGUGCGGACUGGAGGUAUUUUGAAACUAGCAGCACUCAUUUUUGCAUUCCUCCUCGCCAUCUAUUUGGCUUUCCAGCUGCUGGAGGUCAAGAUGGAUUUCAGGCUGGGCAGCAUGAUCGGUGAGUGACCGGGAACAGGAAGUGUGGAUCUUGAAAUCUCCUUAAGUGCGUUGUAAAGAUAUAAAAACAGAUUAGAAAGAGGCAGCUAAGAAUGCACGGGACGGGCUGCACCUAUUCCCCUUAGAAAGGCUUCUGACAAGAACCUCCAUUAACCACCAACAAUGCGCCAUUUACACAAUCUUUACGUGCAUCCUUAGCUGACUCUUUUUAGCUGAGCAAAAAGGAUUACAUAAGGAUUGUGGAUGAUGGGCAACAUUCCAAAAAAAGUGCAUUUUCUUUUAAAUGUGUCUUCUAGUCAAAUCGGUACCGAUGAACGAAGUCUGUAAUCGUCAAACCAGUCCAGCACAAAUGUGGUCUGUCGAAGGCGUGUCCCAUUGGACACUUUGCCUUCAAGAUGGCGAGCGGCGCCGCCAGCGUGGUGGGGCCUAAAAUGUGCCUGGAGGACAAAAUGCUAAUGAGCGGCGUGAAGAAUAACGUCGGAAGAGGAAUCAAUAUCGCCCUCGUCAAUGGACGAACGGGAGAGCUUAACAAGACGGACUACUUCGACAUGUGGGCGGGAAAUGUGGCCCCUCUCAUCCAGUUCCUGAAGGGAAUCCAGGACGGGACGAUCGUCAUGAUGGCGUCCUUCGAUGAUCCCUCCACCAAGUGGUGGGGGCAGCAGCCUAAGCAGGAAAGCUGCUUCGUCCAGCUCCUCCUGGUGGAUGCUGAGGUGUUCCCAGGCCAGUUGAGAGGCAGUGGCUCCAACGUCUCCUGGGUCUUCCCUGAGGCCUCCUCCCGGUCGGAGGAGCUAGGGUUCUACAGACCGCCGAGGUCCCCGCUUUCAGCUGCCACCCGGCUCACUCUGCACCUGACCCCUUUGGCCUUGGGGACCCGUGUUGCCUUUUCUGGCUGUGCCUGGCCACCAGACGCUCGCCAUCAUGCCCCACCUCCAGGCCUGGUUCCAGAGGGGGGUCCUGGUGAUCCGCGUCCGGUCGAGGCAAAACCCAGGCUCAACGAAGAAGCUCGAAAACUGAUUGCUGACCUGGGAAGCACGGCCAUCACCAACUUGGGCUUCCGGGAUAACUGGAUCUUUGUUGGAGGGAAAGGAAUCAAGACCAAGAGUCCGUUUGAGCAGCACAUCAAGAACAGCGCAGACACAAACAAGUUUGAGGGAUGGCCCGAUGUCCUGGAGAUGGAAGGCUGUGUCCCUCAGAGGCAAGACUGAGCUGGUCCCUCCCGUCCUCAUCAGAGGCGUCCGCCUUUUAUGCGUUAAUCCGCCGUCCUCGUCGCAGUGAGCCUCUCCACACGGACAAUCUUCCAAACGGCUGCAGGUAGAGCACACUGAUAAAAGAAGGGACUUGAUCGUUACUUUGCUGGAGUACAAAAAAGUCCAGUUGUAGUAUUAUUGCACUGUUGUUGACUCCUUCCCUACCUGCUAACCUGCCUUCUAUCUUGGUAGCAAUUACUCCUUUUUUUCCCUCUUUCCUGACUGUGAACUUUGUACAUAUUUGCCAAGGGGAGGGAAAUAAACAGUGUACAGAAUAAUAUAAUUUCUUAAAAUAAACGAUAUGGCCAGUAGGAUGCUGUGGUUACUUCAUGUCAAGACAUAUGAAUGUCUUCUUUGUACAAAGGGAGUUAAUGAUUAACACGCUUAUCUUGGUACUUACAUUUAAUGAUAUUUUACAGUUUAACACACACAAUGAAAUACACAUACAACUAUAUAGUUGUGCAAAUAAAGAUCUAGUCUCGAAAUAACACGAAAAGUAAAGAGUUGUGGUUCAUUUUCUCUGUAGCCGCUGACGGAAUGCAGACAAAUAUGAUGCAAUACUACGGUGACGCCGCUGGACGGCAGCAAAGCAGCAUGAUGAUUUCUAGUUGCGGGUAAAAGCGCCACAGAACAAAUCCCCUCUGUUAUACAUUUGGCCAGCAGAGGGCGACGUGUUCUCAUUUAUCGUCGACCUUAAUGGCGCUGAGCCUGCUAAACGCAAAUGACGCCACGCGCUGCAAAAAUGAAUAUAUUUAUCACAUAUGAAGAUUAAAUUAAACCUUGAGACAUUUCGUCUACAUUACGUACUGAACCUUUAUCAGGAGCUGGGUUAGUACAAAUUAAGUGGGUAUAAAUAGGAAUUAUGCACAGCGUGACCUAUUUUCAAGCUAAUUUAUUGAAUGUAGCAGUGUUUGCAUAAUGCAUGUGCAAGCAAUCCCACCGUACUGCGGAGCGCUCAUACAAUAUUCCCACUAAAUGAAAACGCAACAUCACCGCCAUCCAGCAUCCUGUGUGUGGCUGCUGUGCUAUCUCUGCAUAUCAAUAAGUUAGCGUGGGCAUCUUUAGGCGGCUUCUGAGCAAGACGGCAUGCACGUAUGUGCACACCACGCGAUGUGGGAAGUGGAAUUAUACAAGACACGCGAGGAGAUGCAUUAUGGAUGAACAUCUCCGGUUGCGUAAACCUCUCAUGAUGAACCAUGUCGUGGGAGCAGAGCGCGCCGAGCUCGCUUACAAAGAUUUAAGACGGAGGAUGUUCCAAAACAAAAGUAUUUUGGGAUGUACUUCUCCCCCCGUCCCCUCUCUCUGUCAGCUAAACAAAGGCGGCUCUCACAGAAGACUUCAGCCUUCUCAUCCCUUCUUGGCUGAAGCCGACCCCUGAACCCUGAACCCUGACCGUCGGGCCAACCUUAAUCCUGUAACUCGACCAAAAGUAGCUCGGCACCUGCCACCAGUCCGCAACAUCCGCCCGUCCUGGGGGCCAUGUUUUGACAAUCCAAGGCCGGGACUUCUUCCGUCACGUUAUUUUUAUUUACAGUCGUCCCCCAAACACGAACGAAUAAAUGAUCACUGUUUCGUGGUUGAAUAAGCUUAUUAGUUUAAAAAAUGUGCAUAUUUAAGCAAAUUGUUCUUAUUCUUCGCCUAAAUGAAGCGUUCUCAAGCAUAACAAUGGCUACAUGGACAAACUACAGUAAAUGAACUAAAAUAGAAAUACAAGGCAUUGUAAUUGUCAAUCUAGUACUGUAUUCUACGGUGAGACAGGCACGAGACCUGCCACUUAAAGCCGCACGGAAGGACGCUGGCCACAAAAAAACAACAAAGAACUGCUAUAGUGCGAGUCUGGUAUCUUAUUUAUGUCUAAUAUGUCUUAUUUUCUCUGAUUAUAUCUACCAUAUUGGGGAAUACCAACGUAAAAGUGACUAUAGGGGUGUUAUUUAAUGUCUAGAGAGCUCUAAUAGAUUAUAUCUACCAUAUUGGGUAAUACAAACGUAAAGGUGACUAUAGGGGUGUUAUUUAACGUCUAGAGAGCUCUAAUAAUGUUUAAAAAAACAUUUUUAGUAGAUCGUACACAGGUUUUCAAUGCCAAUAGUAAAAAAAGUCUUCAAGUUAUUAUUACUCAAACCUACUUUGCAGAAAUGGACUUAUUGCAGUCGGGUCACGAGGUCACUGUACAGUACGUACCUUCACAUGGGCACCUCACCAAAUGACUACGACAUAUAAUGUCUUAAACCAGGGGUGUCCACAUUUUUCCACCACGGGCCGCAUACAGAAAAAUCCAAAAAAUGGGGCUGCUGUGAUAUUUUUAUAGAUUUUCUUUCAUUUAGUAAAAAGGCUAAAAAAAAACCAAACAUUUGUGUAUAUACAUUUUUGUGUGUGUGUAUAUAUUUUUUCUUUAAACAAAGCUUUUAGCAUUAUCAUUAUUAUUAGUAGCAACAUUUCAGUCUUUUCUUUGUGCCUUUUUGCUCUAGUUUUACCCGUUUUUGCUUUUUAAAAUAAAUAAUUGAUUUCCACAAUGUGUCGCAGGCCAAUAAAAAAAGUACAAGGCACACUUUGGACAUCCCUGUGUUAAACAAUGCUAGCUAAGGAGCAUCCUCCUGUCACACUAUAAGAUGUCACUCUAUAUGAUGUCAUGUCACUCAUGGGCGACUCUACAAUUACGUCUUUACUUGUACUUUUUAUAUUUAUUCACUGUUCAUUUUUAACUUCUUUCCACUACACUGACACCACUUCCUCUAGGAUUUCUGUGUAAUGUAUUCAUAUUUAUUAUUCUGAUUUUAAAAGCUCACAAGAAAGGAGCGUCAACAGCCUGAGCUCGUGUCAUUGUUGCUGUAGUACACCUUCUGGCCAGUGGUGUCAGCACUGAGCCGCUUCAUGCUCCCGCUGAGCUGCAGUACGUGUGAAUAGACUGCGAGCAGUUGUCUCUCGUGACCCUGAAGGAUCUUUACCAGCGAUGUCAUCAGUGGUCGGGCGUGGGUAGGACACAUUUAUAACACAAAGUUCCAGGCACACGAGGUUUAAAAAGACGCAGGGAAAUCCACACUGGCUGUGCAUUUUGUCUGGUUCCCGUCCACAUCUGCCAUCCAUUUCCUCCCUCGCCUUGCUUUUCUUAGAUAAACAAUCUGCAGGUUUCUACAUCCACUUCUGUCUGCCGGCGCUCCCCCUCCUAAUCCGGCCCCUCAUCUGAUACCAGACCCCCAAAAUGGAGCCCCACCCUGGUGUUAACAUGCCACUUUUUGCAAAAAUAAGCCUUUUGGUUGUUUCACCCUCCUCCCUCUCCUUCAUGACCUCCCUGCCCUCGCCUUCCAUGCCAACCUCCAAUCCUACAACCGCCUCCCCCCAACCCACGCGGAUCCAGACAGCUGUGUUUACACGGUGUAGGAUCUGUUGGAAGCGUCUGCUGACCUCAGCACAGCAGACUCGCACGCCGAGCCAUCAGUAAAUACGCGAUCAUGAGGAUGGGUUCACAUGCCUUCAUAAAGCCAAGACACAACUAGUGGAC